CAACAACCCACCAAACAUCACAACACUUCCCAGCAUCAUGGGCGCAUCCGCCUCCAAACCGGUGAAGUCGGCCGCUGCGGCAGCUUCACGGCGUCAGUACCCUAAACAGCCCGCAACCCCCACACCUCCAAGCUCUUUACCCGCAUCAGCGUCGUCGCGAGCGCCGCCACAGCCCCGGGCGAGAGAACCGUCGAAGAGCAGUCCUCGCGCCAGCCCGCAGCCCGUCCAAUCCUCCAGUCCAAUGAUGAACCACACCAAGAAGAACUUAUCGGAACAAGUCUCCUUUGAGAAAUCCAGCGCCAUCGAUAUCGACGGCCGCGACCCGGACUUCGCCGCCUCUCUCCGCAGCAUCGGUCCUGUCACCCCGAACCCGACCUUCUCUCCCUCGAGCACCUUCGCCCCUGCGCAACGGUCGUUCGGAGCAGCCGGAGCCCACCACCCUGCGACCGUCUUCCCGCCCGCAGCCAACCCCGCCCUCCUGACCGUCACGGCGCGGCAACAGAUCACCCAGGCGGCGGAAGCGGAGACCGACGCCAUGGGCCGGCGGGACUUUGCGGGCCGAGAGUUCCUGGAUGCCUUCACCAUCCGGCAGGUGCUGGCCAUGCGGGAUCGCCAGGGGCUACCGGCAAGGGAGAUUGAGCGGGUGAUGCGGUUGAAGAGCGGAGUGGUGGAGCGAUUAGGGCCGAAGGGCGUGGUAGGCGAAUUAGUUUGAGCUGCGUGCAAAUCCAAAAAAGAAGAGAGAUCGAGAGGUCGUUGACGGAGAACGUCUGUUUCUCCUACACGAGAAGGACAAUUUCGUUCCGUCCGUAUAAAUUGACCAUUGCAAUACUGGCGAAGCAUGGUAGCAUUGCUUUGCCUC